GUCAGUUUAUAUUCAAAAUGACAUAUGAUCCAUAUUCAAAUUUCUGAAAUUAUUUUCAUUUCAUUCAUGUGUGGCGUGGUGGUAUAUUGCUCUUGCACAUAUGCUUUUUACGUAACUUUUAUGUAAUAGAUAAUGCAUAUUCAGUGUGUAUGAUUGAACGGCUUGUCCAGCUAACGGCCUCCUGUUUUCGCUCUUUUUCAAAUAACUAUGGCAAUGGAGUUAGAAAUUAAUCUAAAAUUGCAACCAGAUAAUUAAGUAGAUUAAAUGUUUCUCUGUAAAAUGAAAAGUGUCUCGGCUCUGAACGUUGAUCCACUAUGAAAAAUACAACUGUUGUACAAAAAGCCUUGCUGUAGAUAUGCUUGAGCAAAAAAAGCUUGUAGAUGUGCUUGAGCAGAUGCUUUGAGUAUAAGAAAUAUUAUUCAUAGAAUGGAAUAAUCUGAUACAGAAAGAUCCAAAAUUUUUAAUAAUGAAGAUUUCAAAAAUGCGCAAUAUAUUAAAAUCUGAGCUUUUAACAUCCAAGUUAUUUCCAAAGCGACUAAAAUUAGAUGAAAUGAAAUCUUUUUUAUGAGAUUAAAGUCUGGUUUUCCGCCUUUAAACUUUUAUCUGCAUAAACAGAAGUGUAUAGACUCGCUUAAAUGUAAAUGUAGGAAUGGAAAGGAGGACGUUGAACAUUACUUUUUGCAGUGCCGUCUCUAUCGCAAUGAGAGACAAAAUCUGAAAUACGAACUACAUUUUCUGACCACGAUUACAGUCGACACACUAUUGCUGAAUGAUCUUAAUCUAGGCGAUGUUUCACUUCCUAUUGUUUUAAAAGUAGUUGUAUUUUACGUUAAACAAACUAACAGAUUCGAUGAUUAGCUAGUAGAACGUUAAUAAGUUUUAAUAAAAUUUAAAUUAGUCCACGCAAUGUUUCUCCGUCUGGUCUAUGUUAUUUUCGCUUUUGUUGACGUUUUUAACUUUUUCUAUAUAUUAUGUCACUGUUCAUCCUCCACCUGUUAUACUUUACCACUUAAUGUAGCCUAUAUUUUGCAUGGCCUAAAAUGGUUCGCCGCUGGCCUUAUUAUUUACACAAUAAAGAUAUAGAUAUAAAAAAAAAAGUAAAAGCAAAGAAAAGAAGAAAAAAAAAAAAUCUUACGCGAGGCUAUUCACUUUUCUGCACCGCUCCAUUGCUUUUUCGACUCGUAUACAAAAGAUUAAGAUAAGAAAAUGCAAGCAAAUUUUAUCCACUCUCCAUUUUUUUGGACUACGCCGACGUUUACUUUCCGCAGAUUUUCAGUAGUAAACGGUGUCUAUACUUCUACUUUUUAAUCUUUUAAUCUCUUCAACACUAAUUGUAUUUUUUUAAAAUAUCGUUGUAUAAACUCAGUAGAACUAAGCAGCAUGACGCGAGGUGAUCAACGGUGAGUAAGAGAAACUAAACCAUACUUCUGAAAUUUUGUUGUUUAGUCGCUCCCUUACCUUUUGCUCUAAUUCAUUGCUGUUUAGUGAACGUGCUCGUGAAAAAAAUAGUAAGAAUGCAGGUGGGCGUCCAGCAAAAGAAACUGAGGCUAAUCAAGGAUUAUCAUUACAAGAACGACAAUUACGUGAUGCACAACGUAUGAGAGAAAAACAAGAACAAGCAUUGCAAAAGAAAGCUACUGAUGGUGGUGGGGGUGGUGCCACUGCGGCUAAAACAUAA